AUGUCGAAUGUCACUUCGUCGAAUAACGAUGAGUCAAGUAGUAAUGCGGCAUCAGCUUCUGAAUUACCACAAACAGAGUCUUCAACAAACAUUACAAAUAUACAAACUGAACAACAACAUCAAACAGGUGUGACGAAUCAAAGCGAACAACAACAACAAGUUCCACGUCCAAGGCAACGAGCAGGAAAUCAAGAUGGUGACACGAUGGAACGAUUAUUUCAAGCCUUAUUUUAUAGAAUAGCUGUACUUUAUGCACGUUCUAUUUCGAAAUAUAUUCGUAGAUUAAUUGAAUUCGUUUUUAUUCUUAUGGCCUUUGUGUCGUUGCUGUUAUUAAUUUAUUUGCACACUAUUUUAAAUAAUAAACCAGUCACUUGUUUACAACAUAUUCAAAACACUUGGCCAAGAUUUGGUGUUUUGCGUGUGGAGUUAUUGGAAAAUCUGCCAUUAAAUUAUGAUUUACAGAAAUCUUAUAACAAAGAAUUCCAUAAAACAUCAUUAUUAGCAGCAACAUCGUUGGAUAACGAUCAGUCUUACUAUUCAAAACCAAAUGAACCUACAGAAACAACCAUAAGACCAUCGGAGAAUGAAAAAGUCGAUAUAGACGAGCAACUAUUCGACAAUUCAUCACAUACCACGUUGAAUGACACAUACAAACAUAUUCUAUCUUACAAGGAAAAAGUUUACACUGAAGACGACGAAGAAGAGCAACAACACUCACAACGUCAACAGAUAGAUGAAAUGGAACAAGCAUUGUUUAAUUUAACAUUUGAUGAAAAAAAAUAUACGAACGAGAGCAAUUUAUCUGACGAAGUUACUACAACUAUCAAUUCAACAUCAAAAGCGACAUUAACCAAUUUACAAGAUGGUGAAACACUAACAUUUUUCGAAUCUUUUCUCUCCUACUUUUUUGAUAUCCAUCGACUCAAACAUAUGUUGCUGGAAGAACAACAUAUAUUAGAGUAUUCAUUAGAAUACGGUUUACUUCGUUUAAGUCCAGAAAUACGAGAGAGAUUGAAUAUUAGUGUUAUGCUUGUUAUUUUAGAUACAAAAAAUAAUUCGUGUUUUGGUGAUGGUAUCAGUAAAUUUAUGCUUGAUCAAUUUCUCGGUUACAAUGAAAUUCUCAUGUCAAGUAUAAAACAAUUGGCAGAAAAAGAAACACAUAAAGGAUAUGUUCGCAAUGUCAUAACAGUCGAUUUAUUACGUAUGAUUGAACAUAAUACAACAAUUGUCUUUCCAGCUGCCCCUUUAUUAACAGUUAUUUUAGCAUUAAUUGGAAUAGAGGCAAUAAUGUCCGAAUUUUUUAACGACGCCUCAACAGCAUUUUAUAUUAUACUUAUUGUUUGGAUUGCCGAUCAGUACGAUACAAUAUGUUGUCAUACAACAAUUAGUAAACGACAUUGGGUCAGGUUCUUUUAUUUAUAUCAUUUUGCGUUUUAUGCCUAUCAUUAUCGAUUCAAUGGUCAGUACAGUGGACUUGCACUAACAGUCUCAUGUCUCUUUAUCAUUCAUUCGAUGUUGUACUUUUUCCAUCAUUAUGAACUACCUAUUAUUGAAGCACAACUUGUACAUAUAUUUCAUAUCGAUCGUGAUGCUGUUAACGAGACAAGACUAAUUCCAGUCUCAUCAUCAUCUCAAGCUGAAACAACGACUACUAUUAUUACUACUACCACCACAACCACUACCACUACUACCACCAUUACUACGACCACUAGUGCAAACGAUUUGACUUUGCCUAGCGAACAGAUUGCUUCUAGUGCAUUAAUCGUAUCAGAAGCAACUGUAGUACCGGACCAAACGGUCGAUGUAUGA